GGCUGCGCUGUCGCGAGGACGGACGAGGUAUUAUCGUGCUCGUCGUUACUCCGGUCCCGCGAGGAUUUCGUUGACAGUUACGCUCGAUUCCGGCGAGUACGUGAGCGAGUAAAGUCGUCGUUCGAUCGAAGGAGGAAGUGAGAGAGACAGAGAGGAACAGAUUUUCUAGCUCGCCGACGCACGUCGCAAGAUGUUCUCCGGCCUGACGAAUCAGGUGUCUACCUGGAUGGGCAAGAAGCCCGAGAACGGCAGCGAGGCGACACCCGAUAUGCCGAAACCCACCUCGCCGGAGGUCGAGACCAGCGCGGAUCUCGAGAAAAAGAACAAUACCAGUCCGAAAGGCAAUAAAUUGGAGAUGUUUGCCGGAGUAAAGAAUCAAAUGUCCGGCUGGUUGAGUGGCGGUAUACCUGGGUUAAGCCGUGGCGCCGGGGCUGCCGAAGGUGAGGCCCCACCGCCAACCGAAACAGAAGAGAGUCAGCCCGAAGAGAUUCAGGCUCCCGUUAGCGAGCAAGUGAAGGAUGACGACGCAAGCAGUGCGACCGGUGGAGCGGACAGCGGUCCCGCGAGUUUAGAGGGCACCCCAACUGACGACAAAAAUGAACAACAGGCUUUUGGCGCCGUUUCCACGAAGGCACUGGCUGGUGCGAAGAGCCUCGGUGGGUUCUUGUACAGCGCCGUGAACAAGGCCGGAAAGACCGUGGUGGAGGCCAGCGCGAAAAUCAAGAAGACCGUCGAAGAGAACAGGCUGAUCGCUGAACUCAAUAAGGAACAGGAGGCUUUCAUCGCUAGCAAGCAAACAGGCGAGAAGGGUGAGGCUGUUGCACCGUGGGUUGGUGCGCCAAAUGAGGACGCGCUGCGUGAGGAGUGCUUGUCCCUCUCGACCGAUCGACGUAAUUUCGUGAGAGCACCACCACCAGGCGUAGAAUUUGCUUGGGAUUUCGAAGCUGUUCAGCCAAUGGCACAGGCCACCCUUGCCCUGGAUCCGAAUCUUGAAGCUAUGAGGUUCGAGCUUGUCCCGAAAGUUAUAUCCGAGGAGAACUUCUGGCGCAACUACUUCUAUCGGGUGUCCUUGCUGCGUCAGGGUUACGAGUUGAACGCGAUGGCCAGCCAACAGCAAGCGGAAAGCAACCCCAAUCAAACGCUCGCCAGCACCGAUAGCAUCGAUCAUACUCAAGUUCAAAUGACCACUGGCCAGACAACCACCACCGGAGUCACGACGGCGAGCAGUAACAGCGCGCUAGCCGAUUCGCCAGGUCACGAGUUCGUAUCCGAUACCAUGAGGGUCUCGGACACAGACCUCGAGGAGGUCCGAGAGGGGAUGAAAAAGCUGGGGAUGCAGCCACCGAAAGAAGAAGAUUGGGAACGUGAAUUGGAGGCCGAGCUAAAGGAUUACGAGGUUGUAACGGGCAACAAUAAUGGUGGCAGCAGCGGCCAGGAGAGGAGCGUCGCGACGGCCACAAAAGACACCGCGGCCAACGAUAAUGAUUGGGAGAAGCAGAUCGACGAGCUACUCGCCAAUGAGGACGACGAGGACCUCAAGUGAGCCGAGGAGAUCCUCUUUGUGACCGGAUAAAAGGGUCGCUCCACGUUGAGAUCCCGCGCGAAUAGCGAGAUCGGCGUGCUGAUUUUCGCAUUGAAACUUUCUCUCUGAUACAGAGAAGCUCGCGAAUUUCUUUUGUACAUUAUUAUAUUUUCUCGUUAAUCUCCUGAUCGGGACCGUACAUUGCCGUACAAGAAGGAGAAAAAUAAAACACAAAGCGAUACUCUGCGAAGAUCGAGUCAUUGAUGAACUAUUUUAUUUUCUACGAGAUCGAAUCGACCGAUGGAUUGAGGCUCAUAUUGUGCGUGCGUUAAUUUUACGAUAUCGUAACGCUAUUUUUUUAAGGAGAAUCUAUUUUAUAUCUAUUUGAUCCAAUGACAAUUUGUUCUAUACAUGCUUUAACAUAUAAGAAGAAAGACUAACGAAAGUUUGGCAAGAGCGAUUUAAUUUUUUUUUUUUUUAGAUUUCGAUUGUACUUUCUUUCAUUCGUUACGUAAAGAACUCGUGCUACUUAAGGACGGCAAUCUCUCAUCGUCGUCGUAUAUUGACACGAAAACUUAAAAGUCCAAUCAUUGAGAUCGAUAGGAUUCUUUUCGCGUAUUGGCUUCUUUAACAUGGAGAAGCUGCGAGAGUCGUGUUUUAUUUUGGCUCGCAACUGUCUCCGCAUGAAAUCCCGGUAAAAUAGAAUACAUGAAACCGCCCUUUCGUAGUUACAGAAUAUAGUUACAGGGGAGCGUCUCAAAAGAAUUCCUCCUUUUAUUUCGAUCCAUCGUCGAUCUCCUAAGGGAAAGAAACGCGAAUAAAAAUGACGCGAGAUUCUUUGAGAUUCGUCUCGUCCUCGAGAAGUGUGUAUCGGGAUAAAACGUAAGGGUAUAAAUCGGAAACCGCACGAAAUAUUUCCGACACACGGGAAAUCACUGCUGUAACGACAAAUGUGAAAAUCGUAGCUACAUAAAGGAUAAAAGAGAGAAAGAUAGAAAAGAGAGUCUGCCCAUCGUUUUCUUUUCGUUUCUUUUUUAAUUUCUCGAAAAGAAAAGCAGCUUUUUUACGAUCCUCGAACACGAUGAACACGAUGGUCCUUUCUCCUCCACCACUGCCGUUUUACAGCUUGGUGGUGCAGCAGAAAGACUCACGUAUUCGUACGAUUUUCAUCAAAUAUAUAUAUAUAUUCGUAUAAAUCUUUGUGCUUCUAUCUCCGAACUACAAAAUGACAUCCGGUUGUUGUAACUCCAGAGAGAGAGAAAAAUGUUGGAGAACAUAUGAAUUAAUUAACACCACAAGCUUAUGUCAAUUAUCGGGCGCUCUUGUCCGAGAACGUAAUGUUGAUUGUAAUAAUAAAUAUCUUCAAAGUUGUGUGAUAUUAAAGUAAAAUUAAUUUGAAGCUUAAUCGACGGAGAUGCAUGGCAACACGGUUGUUAUUAUACGAACUCUCUUCAUCGUGAUCGAAGGAUCGACAGUUUUUCAAGAUAAAUUACACUGCCGUGUGCCGAAGGACACCGUUUCGAGUGCGGAUCGACGAUUACGGUGGUUGGUGGUGCAUUUUUUGCGAGUCUAGGUCGCCCUACAAAAUUAACGGUUCUCGAAUAAUUAUGAAAAAAUUGUUUUUCAUAAUUUUUAAAUGUAUUAAAAGAUCUCUAUCUCGUAAGUGGACGCUUCGAAACUAAAUGCGCCGCUGGUCGUCAUCCUUUCUUUACAAGCCGACGCUUUAUCGCAACGGCGCUUUUCGUUGUUGAUUGCCAGCAAUUAUCGCUGAUCGAGAAGCGAUACAAUCUACGAGAACAUGUCAAAGACAAAGAUUGAUUCGACUAAUAUCUGUAAUCUGAUGAACUUAUCGUGACUUUGCGCGGAAUGUCCUACGAUUGGAAAAGCGGAAAGGCACUAGAUUUAGCGAUGUCUUUUGUUCAGCAUGUAUGUUUCUGGCGAAAUCCGUAGAUAAGAUGCGAAGGUUGUUGUCGGCGACGAUGACGACAACGAUGACGAUGUUGAAAGGAGAAUGUGUCGUCUUUUAAUUCGUUUUUGUCGAUCACGGAAGUGUUCCGUUAUGCGUUGUUUGUAUUGUGUCAAAGUGAAUUAUACGCUGUAAGAAUGACAUGUUCGCGUUGUCUGUACGGACGAAAUAUCGUAAUAAAUCAUUGCAUUGACAGAAACUCUAAUGGAGCAUAUAUUGCGCUGUUUCAUUUGUAAAGGCUCGAGCACAAAGAUUAUCUAACUUGUUCCCAACAGAGUCGUAAAUCAACGCACAGGGAUUGAUGUUAAACGUAUGCCAUAACAACUCUAAAAACAAUUAUGACAUAUACAAAUGUGCAUUUUACAACUCUGUUGAUUUACAACUCUAUCCGAGACAGUUACGAUAAUAUUUGAACUCAAGCCCUAUCUUGUAAAACACGCCGGCAGGAACGAGGUUUUCAGUUUCGAUUGCAUGAAAAGUCGCGCGGCGCAACAUUUUGUUGGGGCAACAUUAUUCUCGGUGUGACAUACCGUCCAAUUGUCCUCUGGCCAACGGAAGAAACGGGAAGAAACAGUUGACUUUCGGAGUUAGAUUCUUGCGACAAUAAAAUCUCGCGUUACGCGAAACUACGGUGUUUACCAAAAAUAUUAUUGAUUAAUCGCACAAAGUAGUAUCCUCACGUGAAUUAUAAAGAAGAACAACAGUUUUAUCGGGAUAUCUUCUCCGUGCAGACAAACGGGUCUAGCUCAGGUCGCAAGAAUUUGUCGCGUUCGCAUGUUAACGUAACAUCAAGUAACGCUUAUAAUGAGAUCAUUAUCGUGCCAAUGGCACGAAUAUAACAAAAGGCAGAACGCGAGACACGUACGAAAAGGUGAACAAACGUCGGAUCGAAGCGAACGAAUGAAGGCAACUGGAUUUAUAGUGGAAAAAAGAGAACAUGGACCCAUGAGUUUAAUUACUGUUCUUAUACGGUUUUAUUACUUGUGUCUAAUUACCUAUAAUAAAUUUUGGCGGAUGAAUUUUAUUGAAUAAGUUAUCGUCAUAUAUUUUUAUCGUACAUCUGAUGCUAAAUAUGAAUUGUUUGACUAGUGAUUUUUAUCACAAGAAUGUGAGUUAGGUCUAUGUAAAUGUAUACUGAAGAUAUAAAAAUAUUUGCAUUUCACAAUCGCGGAAAGUAGAUGCAUUUCAGAAUCGCGAUAAAAAUAAAGUGUUUAACAAAGAAGUAAAUAUUUGCGCAUUAAACUCUUAUUUUAUAAAUCCUUCAAAAGGUCCGCGUUUUCCACUGUAAAUCCCGUUCGACGAAUAAUAAAUCGGGAAUAAACAAUCAUCAAGCAGGUCGACAUUUGCGUUUCCCGUUGAGAUGUUCGUUUUGCGUCGUACACCGUUGCACGUCAAAUCCAGGUGUUUAGUCAAUUUAUAUACCAUGAAUUACUUUUUCUAUCCCUCCUUUCAAGUAGUCAUCCCCGGGACGAAAGGAGUACCGCGGUAAUGCGAUAAGAUCGUUUCUCCAGAAACCGCACGGCGAGCGGCUUAUACGAUAUGUAUUAUUAUAUCAAUACUUCUCUCACAACUCGAGAAAAAGUCCGCUCGCGUUCGGCUGUGACCGCGCGAGCCAUUUGAAGAAAUAAAAAAAAAAACGCUGCUUCAUCCGCGUUCAUCUUUUCCCAAAGAGAAGCUCGUUGUAAAGUUUCCAUUCGUGUUUUUAGUCGAUAGGCUUGUAAUAAGAUUUACUUAAGGAGGCGCAAUUCACCCAGGCCUAAGUCUGUCGAAGUAAAGCAAAGGCGAUAAUCGCAUUUAUCCGCUCUCUUUAUUAUUAUGCGCGGGUUCUCGAGGGAGCCCAAGAAAACAAAACCUUUGUUCCUCUUCCUCCCAAAUCCUUCGACUGUACAAAUAUAUAAAAUCGCGAGAAAAA